GGAGAAGCGACGGAGCAGAAUAGUGUGUUACACUGUACGGCAAUAGGGGGAAAGGGUUUUCCCUGCUCCGAACCGCAAAGCAAAGAUGUUGCCUUCGCUGCAGGAGUCCGUCGACGGAGACGAGAGGGAGGUGGAGAGUAGCGAGGACGGCAGCGGCCUGCUGGAGGAGCGGAAAUCGGAGCGCAGCACUAGCAGCUACUUCUGUCUAUACGGCUACCAAAGCUGCCGGUUGCAUCGAGGAGUAGAUGAUGAUGGGAGUCCAAGCAGUCCAUCAGCUGGAACACCAUCUUCAGAUGAUUUCAGCCUCUCUUUGGUGGACACUAACCUACCAGCUGAAGCCGAGACAGAACUACGUGCUUUUAUUGCCAAGCACCUUGCUAAAGGAGCCUUUUUUGAAGGGAUGGGCAACAUUGCACUGGUAGAGUUGAGUAUACCGGAAAGUCAAGUUGGUUGCUAUUACUGCCUGUUCCAACCAGAAAAUUGUGCAGAAACGACAAACCCAGAAUCAAGCAGCAGCCCUCUAGACUACGUGAUCUGUUUUUUGGGAGGCUCAGAAAAGGGGCUUGAACUAUUCAGACUUGAACUUGAUAGAUACAUUCAAGACUUGAAGGUUAACCUACAUUCAGAGCAAAAUAACUUGGAGACCUGCAUUAAACCUCUCCUCAAAUCUUGGUUCGAGGACUGUGUGUGCCCUAUCCAGAGGGUGGUACAGCUCUUCCAGGAGAAACUGGCCUUUCUGUUACAUGCUGCUCUGAGUUGUACUCCAGUUGAAGUCAGAGAGUCUGAUGAAAGGACAAAGAAGGACAUUGACAGGUUCCUUAGAGCUGCAAGCCUUCAGGAUCUUGUCCGGGAAACCACAAUGACCUCCUUAAGUGAAGCCCUGACGGAGGAACAACAUAAACCGGUUGUGAUAGACUUCAGCGGAGCGCAGCCCCACUUCCACAAUGCUGGAAGCAACAGAUUCUGUGAAGACUGGAUGCAAGCAUUUCUCAAUGGUUCUGAAGGGGGAAAUCCAUUUAUUUUCCGGCAAAUACUAGAGAAUUUUAAAUUGAAGGCCAUACAAGACAUCAACAACUUAAAGCGGUUCAUCAGGCAGGCAGAAAUGAACCAUUACGCCCUGUUCAAGUGCUACUUGUUUCUGAAGAACUGUGGCAGCGGUGAUGUCCUCUUGAAGAUUGUGAAAGUGGAACAUGCAGAAAUGCAAGAAGCCAAGAAUGUAAUAAAUGUCCUUGAGGAAUUCAUGAGAGGGCCAGUCUGUAGCUUGAGCACUUUCUGUGAACCCAGGGCUACUUUGCAGUAUUAAGGGUAUCUGUGUGCACUCAUGUGCACAUUCAGAAUGUGCCUGCCCACAGAAUCGAGCAGUGGGGGGCAAUCCCUGCCCAUUUCCCUUUGCAGCCACCUGCUGUGCUAUCUCCUCCACUGUUCUAGAGGGCCUCCAAUUCUCCAGAGCAGACUUUUAGGAAAUGAAAAUGGGGACUGCAAGGGGAGGAAGGAAAGUUGCCUCCUUGCCUAUUCCUUCAGCACCAGUGUUACAUCAGAGUGUCUGCAUCUAUCCCACUGCGUUUCACUGCAGCAGGAAGGCGUUCCAUGUUCCUUCCCAUCCUCUCCUCUGGUGUGUCAGGCUUGAGCCUGGACUUCCUGGUUUACUCAACCUCUCUUUCCAUAGCUGGGAAGCUAUGGUCUUAACUGCUCUCUGCUAAUGAGGAUUAGAAACCAGGAUGAAACUGGGUUCUGCAGUCCUGGUUUGGAC